ACGACCUCAACCCUACCCCAGCACAGCCAGCAGCACUGGCAGCCGCCGUCUCUUUGUUCUGUACUGGCUUUGACAACAAAAAAGUGAAAUUUAGACAUUUUUUUCAUCAAUGCCAUCGCGAAAAUUUAAAGAGAUGGACUCAAACGUGACUGAGUACAUGGAUCAUUGUGGGUCCUAUUCAAAGAGAAGGAGGCAUGACAGCGAGCAGCCCUGCAGCCUGGAGUACACGGACCUUGAGGCAGCAGAAGCACUGGUGUGUAUGAGCUCUUGGGGCCAGGGCCACCUUCUGAGCAGCAGCAGCAUCAGGCCAAACCCCUGCAAGCCCAGACCUCUCACCCCGGCCUCGGACUCCUGUGACUCCCUCAUGCCGCCAGAACUUCCAGAGCUAUCGAAGGACUUUGUGUCUCUCUCCUCCCUGUGCAUGACCCCCCCUCACAGCCCCAGCUUUGUUGAGACGUCCAGCACUGCGCUCCAGUCCGGCUCCGGCGUGGUUGCGUCCUCACAGCACCUUGGGUCCGGACUCCAUCAACCUGUCUUGGCACCCAUUGCCGAAAAGACCCCCUCCCUCCCACCUCUCCCACAGCCUUGCAGAGCCACAAGCGUCAUCCGCCACACCGCAGACAGCUACCCCUGCCAACACCGCAUUCCAGUGGCCCCCAAUCCAAAGAAAACUGGAGACUCAGUAGCGGCUACAGCGGCCUGCCAGCAGCAACAACAGCAGCAAUGCACGACAAAGACUGAGCAGAUAACCACACCUCCAUCUCUUCCUGCCCCUCUCACACCCACAUUAUCCGCCUCAAAGACAGAGCACCACGCCAGUCCCUCAAACCCCUGUUUGAACAGUGUCUCCACCCCCACUCCUGUCAAUAAUCAACUGCAAAACAGCCCAGCCGUUCCCUCUGCUCCCACAGCCCUGUCCCCAGUCCCCAGCCCGCAAAUCAUCUGCCAGAUGUUCCCUGUCAGCAGCCAAUCAGGUAUAAUCUCAGCCUUCAUCCCUGGUGCCGUUCAGACAUCCAAUACUGGGAUUCGCACCGCCAACACCACACCCAUCCUCCCUCAGCCCGUCUCAGCGAGCGGCGCCCCCGUCCAGCAGUCCCUCAUCAUGGGCUCAGCGGUGCCCCAGGGCACAGUGAUGCUUGUUCUCCCUCAGUCCUCUGUGUCCCCGGCCCCACAGACUGUCAUGACCCUGGGCAACACCAAGCUGCUACCUCUGGCCCCGGCCCCUGUGUAUGUGCCAGCGGGGCCCAGUGGCGGCGCAGCAGCCUCAAAGAUGGACUUUUCUCGCAGGAGAAACUACGUCUGCAACUUCACGGGCUGCAGGAAGACGUAUUUUAAGAGCUCACACCUUAAGGCUCACCUGAGAACACACACAGGUGAGAAGCCCUUCAGCUGCAGCUGGGACGGCUGCGACAAGAGGUUCGCCCGCUCCGACGAGCUCUCCCGUCACCGGCGGACACACACUGGCGAGAAAAAGUUUGUGUGUCUCGUGUGCGACCGGCGGUUCAUGCGCAGCGAUCACCUCACCAAACAUGCACGCCGCCACAUGACUACGAAGAAGAUUCCCUCCUGGCAGGCUGAUGUUCGGAGCCUGAGCAAAAUGCCUGCUGGCAAAACACCGCCCUCAAAACCUGGCCUCGCCACACUAAGCAUGCUGGUACCUGCAAAGUAGACAAUGAACAUCCCACCCACUCCCGAAUAAUACCGCAGGGACACAUGGAGCAGCCAAGCACACAUGGCUGCUGCUAUUUUAUGGGAAUGAAUUAAGAAACACAUGCACUGGACUCUUUUCCUCUCUACUGCUCAUUUGUACAUUUUCUUUAAAGGAUUCUUUUGUUUACUUUGAUAUAAUUGAUAAUAUUAAUGCACUCUUGCCAAAGCCUUUGUAUGAAGUUUGUACAUUUUACCUUCACCUAUUCUACAACACUUUCUCUUUGUGUUGAUACUGAUAUAUAUGUGAAUGUAUGUUUCUUGUACUAUGAAAUGCAUUUAUUUGUCAUAUUUGGGGAAAAACAAUGUAAAUAUGAUUAUUAAUCAUUAGUAUUAUGAUUAUACCGUGAUUAUAUCUCCCUGUCUAACUUUUCAUAUUAUUUAAUACAUAUUUGUAAUAAAAAAAAAAAAAAAAGA